AUGCGCUUCGCCGCAUCUCCGCCGAAACGCAAACCGCGCCUCAUUAGCGUCGGUUCUCUUUCCAUUGACGAGCAGAUCGAUGAUACUUCCGACCAGCUGGCAACGGAAGUAAGACCUCUUUACUUAUGGUUCAUGGGGAUGGUCAGUGAGGAAGUUCACGACAACGAGAUAUUUCUCCGGGAGCUGCCUUACGGCAGUGAAGGUAGUGAUACCAGCAGCUAUGAUUCGUCCAGCGAGUGCGACCCAAGCAGCAGUCUGCACAGCAGUAUGAGCAGCUUUUUAUCUCGAGACUGGGACCAGCCCAAGGUAAACUUUCCACCCAGGACGCCAUAUGACGACAAGAUUGAAAUGGAGUAUGCAAUCAGCGAUAAAUGCAACAAGGAACUCUACAGUUCCAGUCUGAUUGUGAGGCCGACCUUACUUACAUACACCAAGCCAUGUGGAGUUGAGGCGGUACGAGUUGGCCGGGAGGGAAACACGCAGUCAGGCUGGACAAUCAGCAGAUUUGACGCCGGCCAUUGGCUGUACCAAUAUGGUAUUUGCGGCAGUUUGGAAGGCAUUGCUACAAUUACAACGUAG